AUGGGAUGUGGUGCUUCCAAAGAGAUAGAGAAAUAAAUAGAAGAAUAUUAAGUGAAAAUAGAUGAAAUCCAAGAUAUAAAUGCUAUACUAAUACAAUAAAUUAAUGAGUUAAAGGAAAAUAAGAACAAAAGGAAACCUGUUUAUGUAGUUGCUGAUUAAGAAAUAGACGAUUUAUUUGUUUUUAAGACUGAUUUGGACAAAAGGUUUGAAUAAAUAGACACCGAUAUAAAAAAAAUCAGAAUUUAAUUAUUGGGUUCAGAACAAUGCAAUUAAAAACAACCAAAUGAGAAAAAGCAGACUUGCAAAUAGACAGAUGAUGCAUCAUCAGAAAAUAAAUGGUUGGAAAUGAUGGAAAAUAAUGAUAAUGAAAUUACUCUGAAACAUUUUUAGGAUCCAAUCUUAGAUGAUCUUAGUGAAAAAUUGGAUUAAAAUGGUAAAGAAUAAAGCAAAGAGAAAAUAGAAAAUUUGGAGAUGAAAAAAACCAUCCCUAAAUAAUAAUAAGAGCAAAAACCUGUUUAGGACAAGUAAGCAAACAUAAGUGAAUUAUCUAAAUAAUUAGCUGAUGCUUUGGGAGAAGACAUGAAAUAAGUACAUGAUGGUAUGAAGAGUAAAUUAUUCUACAAUACUGGCGGAAAUUAGUCAAAAGAAAUACCGUCAAAUAAUUAAUCGAAUAUUUAAGUUAGUAUUCCAAAUAGUUCAAAUGCUAACUUGACUAAUACGAAUAAUAAUAUCAAUAACAAUAACAAAUCUAGUAGAACAAAUGCAUAAAAUAUUAAUACUCCUAGAACUGAUUAAGUCAAAAGAAAAUCUACUAAAUCAGGUAGUUAAGUAGAUAAAGGACAAGCCAAUUCAUAAUAACAUUUUUUCUCUAAGCAAUCAACAGAGGUAAUUGUGGCUAAAAAGAAAACUAAAAAAGGUUGAAGAAAACUAAUAAAACUUUGAUUUAAAUCUUCAAAUUGUUUUUAUUUUCAAUUA